UUGGGCGACCAGGCGACGAUUGUCGGGACCCUCAUUGCGGGUGACAACUAUUUUACGGAAGAGUUGGACGCUGCCAAGCCCGCGGUGGAAACAUAUCUUGACGAACUCAGGCCCGAUGCGGUGAUCGCGGGUCCGGCUUUUGACGCCGGACGAUAUGGGCUGGCUUGCGCGGAGGUGUGUCGUAUCGCCGCCGCUCGAAACAUCCCUGCCGUUACGGGCAUGCAUCCUGACAACGCGGGAAUCCUCACGUACCGGAAAGAUUUACUAGCCGUAUCGACUGGCACGGACAGCACCGAGAUGGUUGCGAUAUUGCGCCAGAUGGCUACGCUGGCCCUUAAACGGGUCGGCGGUACAGAGUUGGGACCGGCGGUCGCUGAGGGUUACGUCCCUACUGGCAGAGGCCAAGAGGCGAUGCACGACAAGUACGGUUAUGAAAGAGCAGCCGACAUGUUGCUGGCCCGCAUGGCGGGGAAACCUUACAACUCUGAAAUGUGCCUCACCGGAUACGACGACGUCGCACCCGCUCCACCGUUACGCGACCUGAAAGACGCCGUCAUCGGGCUGGUCUCCAGCGGUGGCCUGGUGCCUCGCGGUAACCGGGACCGCCUGGUGGGUUCCAAGGCGGAACAGUUUUUCAGAUACGACAUCGAGCAAAGAGGCCCGUCGGGGGUGUCAAAGCUGGGCGGGAGGUUCCUUGAGGGGUAG